CUGCGACUCGGAACUGUUUUGUGUUGACUUUUCAGUUUCGGGUGUGGUGGUUUUACCGUUUCUCUGGUUUUUAGUGUUUAUUAGUUUGAUUUAACGGCAAAAUCCUACUGAAAGUCGUUGACACCAUGCGCCACAUCGUCCAGUGUCUGAUUUAAUUCAAGAGUUCGAGGUCAGAAGUGGUUGAAAGGCUCAGUUUCCAAAGUUCAGUCCCCAUGUUGACAUCAACCCUUGGCUUGCUAGCAUCAAUUUGUUUGAUACGUUUAUGAAUUAAACUCGGCGAAUUUGUUGGCAACAAGUGCAGUUUGGAGUUGUACACAGAAUGGAAAAUAACGAGAUUUCGAUGUUCAUGGAAGUAAAGUGCGAUCUCAAUGAAAAAAGGUCGGAUGUGAUGCUGCUGAGGAAUUGGACUAAAUGUCUCGUCAAAAUCGAAGCCAUCAAGUGUUUUCCAUGCUACGUACGGAUUACCUUCAUUCGCAAUGUCGAAGACGAGAGUGCAAAUUUGUGUGUACGCAUUAAUAUUCCGGGUCUGUCCAUACGUUCAGCCGCGUCACGUACAAAAACCUAUUCUUACGGACUGUUUUGGAAACAAAACCGCAAACGAUGCUGUAUUUUUCUCUCAUUCGAUUCAGAACAGAGCUGCACACGUCAUAUGAAAUGGAUGAAAAAAUCCAUGAAAAAUUUGGAAUUGCAUCGGCAAGAACUGUUGCAAGCGAAGCGGAAUAGCGUCGAUAGAACUGGCCGGAAAGAUUCGAUAUUCGAAUUGACCUCUGGAGUCAUGGAAGAAACUAAAAGCAUCCGAGACCUUCAGGAUAUUUUAGGUCCGCUUCCGAAAAUACCAGAUGCGAGAGAGAGCGGAAACUGGUCACGUCGGGUCUCUGGUGUAUCUGGAAUUUAUGAAGAGAUUCCGAAUGGAGAUUUCCUGCAAAGACGUACGUCGCGAGGCUCUAUUGCUUCAGGAAUAUAUGAAGAAAUGAGGCCACCGAAGACAGGGAGUCCACAAGGAAAUAUCGUCACAUCAACUCCUCCUGCACCGAUCCUACCUGUCCGUAAGAGGAUUAACACCAAUGAAAUUGAUCAACAGCCAAUUCCUCGCUCCUACACAAACCCCGAGACUGAACUAGCCAGAAAGAAGAAAUAUUUAGUGGUUUUAGAAAAUAUGUUUAGUCGUUCGAAGCGUUCUUCCAGUGUCAGUGAGGGUAAAGUGAGCCAAUUAGCAGAUUUCGAAGUUGUUCAGCAACAGGUUCUUGAAACUCCAGAGACUCCAAUCUAUGCCAACUCCCAGGUGGUCAUUCGUCAAAAGAAUCAAGAGGAGAAAUUAUCCCGAUUCAAGUCCAAGCGUAACAGCUUUUCGACGCCAGAUCUCACCAGUCCUUGCCUUUUCGAUAAUUUUGAGAGCUUUGAUGAUGUGAGCUUGGAGUCGUUUGAUUCAAAUGUUUUCAUUGCUGACGAUCAAGCUUUAUCCAAUGAAUGUAUACCUUUCCAAGCGUGCAACCCUACUCCGGAGAGUUUCACCUUCGAUUUGAACGUCUCAGAUCAAAUCCAACCUAACUUCAAUUUCUCUUGCAACAUGUCAACUGUGAACUUGGUUGGUGCGAAUUUGAAUAGUGCAAGUCGUCCAUCAAAAGUUUUAGUUGAUGAUUUAUCCGGUUAUUGUGUGAUGGCCCCAAUUCAGAAGGACCGGAAAAAAUCGUCGGACAGCGAUAAGGAAAAUGAAGUUAACUUGCAGGCAACCUGUGACGAUCAAAUCUAUGAAAUUAUGAAUAUGAACGCUAGUACCCCAUCGCCAGAGAAAAUUAAUUUAGGAAACAGUCAUAUCUAUCAGAAUCUCAUGCCUAAUACUACUAAGACUGGAAACAUAUCAGCAGAACCUCUUGAAAAGUCUGAAAACGAUGAUCUCAAAAAAACCCACCGGAAAUCAACAAGCAUUGACGAUAAAGUUCCGUCCUAUUAUCCAAACAAUUGUGAUCUCAUAAAAUCUCAUCGACGCAAAUCGAAUUCUGUGAGUGAUAAAAUCAACAUUCGCCACUUGAACACCGUGAAAGUCAGCCAUUGUGAAAAUUUAUACAUUUCAUCACCUCAGAAAAUUUUAGACCAACGUAAAAGACUGGAUAGCGGUGGCUCUCAAAAGCCGCCUGUAAAAUUGCGAGCUUUGAAAACCUCGUCGACCCUCUAUUCAGUUAUUAAAUCUGACGAAAAUAAGCCCCAUCUGAACAGCGAUAGCGAUGCUCAACUGCACAGUGCCGAAAGCCACCCCAAAACGGAGCGAGAACAAGAAAUGAACACGAAAAAUAAUGAGCGUAGUCCUCGGAUAUAUCAAAAAUACGCGACUCUGACCCGACUUUCACCAAACAAGUACCUGGAGAAGUGUGCGAAAAAGUCGAACGACAUGGGCGGGGCUAAAAAGUUCGCAUCGCUUCCGCGUUUCAAGAAGUUCGAUUUCUCACCGUUGAAGAUGAAAAUUAAUAGCGUCCUUCAACGGCACAAUUCUGAAGGGUUUUAAUAGGACUGAAAGAGAGGUGUUGGGGAAGGACGAAGAGCUUCAUUAUUAGUAUUAUCCGCCGCAAUGCUAUACCGCUCAAUUGCUUAUAGUGAAUUAGCGCCUUCGUUUGGUUAGCCAUUGAAGUGUAAAGCCUGGAUUACGUUCCAGUAGGUUAAGUUCAAGUGGAUCCCAUUUUAACAAUAUCUCGUAUUACUUUUAUUGUUUAUAUAAAUAUUUUCACUUUUAUUGUACAUACAAUUUUUGAUAAUUUUUUUAUUAGAGUUCUGUAUUUUUACUCAUUUUAAUCAAUCAUUUCUAAGUAGAAGUUUAUUUAUCUUUCGUCUUAUUUGAAGAAAUGGAGUUGGGAUGGUUUUAUCUUACAAGCUAUGUUGGAUAAUUAUGAGUAAACAUGAGAAAGUGAAUUUACUGUUUUAUUAUAGAUUAUUAUGUUGCUUAAAACUGGGAAAAAUUAUGUUAAAAAUUGAUAAAAUUGUUGUAGUGUUAUGGUUUAUCUAAUAAUUUUAACGAUUCAAAGGCAAAAUAAUUAAUUACUGAGGGAAAUGCUUUGAAUAGAAAGCGAAUUACUACUACAUAUUCUGCUCUGCUAAAGCAAUUAUUCCUAUUUGCGGGGACGCUUAGGAGCAAAAGAUAGCCAGCAUCUUGUCCUUUUUCCAUGGUGUUCUGCGUUUGAUUACUUUCUAACGUAACUAUUGAACAUAGUGUGGAUAAGUAUGUUUCUUCGUUAUUGGAAUUCCCAAGUUCAGAACAUUGAAUAAGGGAAGUUCAUCAAAGCACUCCAACACAUGUCCUUGAAAAUAGGAGCUUACCCCUUCCUAUUAAAAGCUUAUAUCGAAGAUAUGUAGUGGUGAAUUGCUGAUCAAUUGUCGUAUACUCAUUUUGAAGGAUAAAUUUCUUGAAUGAGUGAAUCGAAUUGCACUACAUUUACGUUUAUUAAGUUAAUUGAAGUUAGAUUCCCUUUAAUUACACUUACUCCCAUGAAUUCUCCUUGAGUUAGCAAUUUUCGUUCAGUUACCCCAACUUUGGGAGUAAGAUCUUUUAUGGCACACGUUUCGGAUACAUAUAAAGUUGUUGUUUCAUGAAUGCUUUUGCCAGAUUUAUGUAGGAGGUUUUCGAUAAAAUUCUCAAUAUCUGCUUCAAUGCGCUUUUGGCUGUUAAACAAUACAUUUUUAGCUAGUAUAUAAGCAAAGAAUUAACGAAUUGUGAAUUAAAAUCAUUCAUUUGCCUAUUUGCUUGGAAAUUUCAAGUGAUAAUUUUUAAUUUCUAUGAAAUGCUUUCCAAAAAGUAGUUGCUCAAUUCCUUUGAUACCAGUUCGUCAUAUAAAUGCAGAAACCCUAGGAAGUAAUGAAUCUACAGGCGAAAUAUCACUUACCAAAUGCUAUCAUAGAUAAUCUAAUGUAUCAUACACUAAAUAUCUAAAAUGCUGUGAUUUGAAACGUACAAAUAUCAAAGACGGAAACGAAAAUUAGCAAAUUGCUUCUUAGAACAAUUUUAAACGAAUGAAAGAUUAGAACAUUUUGGAAUUACGAAUGUAUAAUGCGAAGUGAAAUUCAAUGUAAAUAAAAUAAUGUUAAAACAAAGUACAUAACCAGCGUGAUGAUCCUGAAAAAUUGUUAAUGCUGAAAAAAUAAAUUUCUAUCAUUGUUUUGCUAGCUAGUGUAGAAUGUCUAUCGAAUUUACAAAGCAGAAAUCGAAUAAAUGAAUUGCAGAUUUAAGAAAGUGUGAAUUACAAUGAACUUGUUCCAAAUUUUUGUUUCUAUGAAAUAUAAAUAAUUUUAAAUGCUA